UACGUCCUACGCCGCGGCUCGAUGGGGAAUCAUCCUGGAAACACCGUCAAACCCAAUCAACGUGUGGCAUCGAACAGUCGUGCAUCGCGAAAGACGUACACUCCACUAUCACACAGGCUGCCGUGUGAUAAAGCCUCCUCGCAUCGCGAACUUUGCGCGCGCGGUAUGUCACCUGAGUGAGGUCGUCAUAAAACUCCCAUUUGGACAGUUUUAUUGCCUUCGGCCACGUGUCAGAACACAGGUUUCAGUGUUGUGUUUAUAGGGUCAUUACGGGCGAAGAUAAACGUUAAUUUAUGGCCUUCUGAGGACUUUAUGGACCUGUUUUACGACCCUCAGUGCUAACCAGUGUAGAAUUUACGUUUGACGGAUUAGAAUGUAAAUUUUUCUGACUGGGAAAGAAAAUAGUGUACGAGUUACUUUGGUAAGAUGAGUUCUUAUCAGUUCGUGAAUUCUUUGGCGCAGUGCUAUGGGCAGCAACAGGCGCGACCUGGGGGUGAACAGUCAGCUCAUCAGAGUUCCACUCCGGGAAGCGACUACUAUAACCCGAACGCGACAGCGACUUCUAGUUACCCCCCAGCAUGUUACUCUCCUCCCCAAGUCACCCCCCAAUAUCCCCAGCAUCCUUACGCUGCCCCAGCUCCCGGACACGGCCUACAACCCUCAAUGGGCGAUUACACCCAACUCCAACCCCAAAGGCUUGGAGGAAACGCUUCAAGCACCCACUUGCAUCACUCCAACGCCGGCACUCCAAGUCCCGCCGUCUUGAACCCAUCGGCGAGCUGCAAAUACGCGGACAGCACUCCGACGUCGAACGUGUCAUCACCUCAAGACUUGAGCACCAACGGGCCCCCUAACGCUAGGAACUCGCCACCCUUGAGCAACACGCAAGCAACAAGUAACAGCAAUUCGACGAUCACCUCCAAGAGUUCGGGGUUGACAUCCCCGCUGUCCGUGAGCACUUCACCGUCGAGCAAGGCUGCUGGUAGCACGACGGUGUCACAGAAUUUGUCGUCGCCGGCCUCGAGUACGAGUUCUACCUCGAGCAACGAGAAGCCGAGCAGCAAUAAUAACAAUUCGAAGAGUCCCACGAAUCCGCCUCAGAUUUAUCCGUGGAUGAAGAGGGUUCAUCUUGGUCAAAGUACCGUCAAUGCUAACGGAGAGACCAAGAGACAGAGGACAUCGUACACUCGCUAUCAGACCUUAGAACUGGAGAAGGAAUUCCACUUCAAUCGUUAUCUGACAAGAAGACGAAGGAUCGAGAUAGCACAUGCCCUAUGCCUGACGGAAAGACAGAUAAAAAUAUGGUUUCAGAACAGGAGAAUGAAGUGGAAAAAGGAACACAAGAUGGCCAGUAUGAAUAUCGUUCCAUAUCACAUGUCCCCAUACGGGCAUCCAUAUCAGUUUGAUUUGCAUCAUAGUCAGUUUGCUCAUCUUGCUACUUAGGAUGCUGUGUUGUGAUAGAAUUUUCGUUAUUAGAUUUCCACCUGGCUUCUCUCCAGGAUGAAGGAUAUGCAUUCCACCAAGCGAUGGGGAUGGGAGGCAUGGGACCCAUGCAACGCGGCCUUUACGCAUGCGGCAGUCCCUACAGCUAGCCAUGGGCCGCCUACAACGGAGACUGCGGCCCUUCGUAGGCCCCCCAUUCGGAUCCCUGGGUAGUCUCCGGUCUGUGUACGUCAACACGAGAGCGCGAUUCUGAUUGACACGACAACUCGAUAGAAAAUUGAGGAAAGGUCUGCUUGGAGAUGUGAGCAAUGUCGAAAAGACACAACCAAUACUUGCUUGAGUAUAUAUUCAAUAUUAUACAUUAGAUGACAAAAUCAAAAGAGCUAUGAUCCAUCUGAUUCUUAAGUGAAAAUCGACCUCAAAAGUUGGAACUAUUGGAAAAGCUCACUCACUAGGAUCUAAUCCUGAAUUAAUUUAUAGAUAUGUUAUUCUCACCCUGUAUUCGUAUUGCUCAAGAAAACACGUAUGAUAAAUCAAAUCUUGCAAAUGUGCAGUAUUUAUUACACGUCGAAAAACUCUGCUCAAUUUUGAACAAUUGUCGUUCAAUCUCCAACCCAUGUUUCAAGGCGUCUUUCUCACCACCAAGUGUCUCAGAAUGAUCGUUUUGCCGUAUGCAGAUGCACCUCUCGAAUAAGUGCCAAUAGACAUUUCGGUGAUAUUGGUAAAAAAGACGAACACUAUCAAUGUGGAGUUUGAAAGUACACAUUAAAGUGUGGAUAACUUAGUUUUGAUAAAGUGAUCAAAUAACUUCAACUUCGUUUAAAUCUUAAAACCGUUCUAACCGAUUUACUUUUGCUCACUUACAUUUGUUUUUCACUCCUGUCCAAUUCUCUCGUGCAAUAUUGUUAAAAAAUUGAUCGUUCCUCGUGAAAAUUUUUGAUAUUUUCGAAACUACGAAGUAACUGUGAAAAUUCUCAACUUGGCUCACAAUAAAUUUAGUUGAAAAGUGUGAUUAAAAUAGAGUUUUAGGUAUUGUUAGUGUAUAUAUUAGAUGAGAGAUGUACACUCGACUUUUGUAAAUAAAUUGCCACUCAUAAUUUAAGUUAUUAUAGGGAUUAUUGAGCAAUGGCUGACUCACUGUUGUAAAUAUUAUCAAAUUGACUAUAUAGUGAUGGAGAUUGAUAACUCGAUAUCGGUUAAAUCAGAAUUUGUACUGUUUGAGAGUUGUAUGUAUUGGAGUACACCCGUUUUGUUCAUUAUGACAUAGAUUAUGACAAGAAACACCGUACUGAUAAGUGGAACUGUAUAUUAUGUUAUGUAUAUUUGAGCUCAAUAUUGUUUUCUUAUUAAUUUUAUUUGUUGCUUUAUUUAUGUAUUUGUUCUUGUGUGUGUGGCAAGCGUACAAACUAGAUUGUAUAAAAUCCUACUAUUUACUGUUGUAAUUGUCCAAUAUGAAUAAACUAUUAAUUCUA